UGGAGAUAAAAUCCAUAAAGAUAAACACUGGAUGCGAACCUGUUCUCCCUGCGUUCUAAAGAGACCAAAACCCUCAUCUCUCAACCUUCCAUUGCAGUCGCGGCGUAUCCAUUCUUAACUAGUAAAAGAUGAAUGUGGAGAGGCUCACAAAGAUGGCUGGUGCAGUCCGCACUGGUGGAAAGGGUAGCAUGAGAAGAAAGAAGAAGGCUGUACACAAGACAACUUCCACUGAUGACAAACGGCUACAGAGCACCCUCAAGAGAAUAGGAGUGAAUGCUAUUCCAGCAAUCGAGGAAGUGAACAUAUUUAAGGAUGAUGUUGUUAUCCAGUUUAUUAAUCCAAAAGUCCAAGCUUCUAUUGCCGCCAACACUUGGGUUGUUAGUGGUUCCCCUCAGACCAAGAAAUUACAGGAUAUUCUCCCCGGAAUCAUCAACCAAUUGGGGCCGGAUAACUUGGAUAACUUGAGGAAAUUGGCAGAGCAAUUCCAGAAGCAGGCACCUUCUGCUGACGGUGGUGCAGCCAUUGCUCAGGAAGAUGAUGAUGAUGAUGAGGUACCGGUACUUGUGCCCGGCGAGACCUUUGAAGCUGCAGCAGAAGAAGGCGAAGUUGCUAAAUAGCGGUUUUAGAGAGAAUUUAGUUGUGAUAUGUAACAUGUUUUAUCUUUCCUAUUUUACUAUGUUGUUUGGUUGGUGCACUCCCUUUGUAGUCCUAAUGUUUUGGUUCAUGUUUCUGGAAUUCCUGCUAUUGCUGACAUGGUAUCAAUAGACUGGCAAAUUGGUAGGGCAGCAA